GUUGCCGCCCUGUAUCGCCGAGUAAAUGAUCAUCUACUGGGCAGGAAGGUCGGGCACCCAGUUCCCCGGCCUCCCCACGACCCUCACCGAGCAACCCCGCUCAAGUUGCUCCCAGAGAUUGUUCGCAGCACGACAAGCCUUCGGCGCAAUAUAUAUCUCUAACCUCUGACUUCCGUUCACUAAGCCGCGCAUCAUGUCCGCGUCAGUUCCUCCGGCAAAUGAAAGUUACGUUCCCUCCAGCACACUCGGAGCAGCGACCAUUGGGGGCUUUGUUACGUCCAUUGUGUAUGGGAUCACACUCUUGCAAUCAUUCAUUUUUUUCCAGACCGGAGCGUCCAGGCAUAAUAGAUAUACAAAAGCAACAGUCAUUCUCUUAUGCGCUUUAAACACCCUGCACAUGGCUUUGAUUAUCCAUCCGCUUUACUGGUACACCAUCCUCAACUUCACAAACCCUCCAGCCAUCGUAGACAUGGUUUGGAGUAUUGCAGCAGGAAUAGUCUUGACGGCUAUCAAUGACCUGAUUGUUCGAUGCUGGUUCAUUUACAGGAUCUGGAUAUUGAGCUGCAAGAGCCCUUACUACGCUUCUCCUUUGAUCCUUUGCGUACUGGCUCUAUUCAGUAUCACUCUGUCGACUUCUGCGAAGGCGUUUCAGAGCAAGACGUUGACUAAGUUUGCCGAGAUACAGUGGCUCUUGGAAUUGGACUUGUCCAUGCUUUUCAUCAUCGACGGCCUCGUUGCGGCCGUCCUGUGCUUCCUGCUUGCCCAGUACAGAAAGCAGAAAUUGAGCUGGGAGACCGACUCAUACAUCAACAUCUUGAUCAUGUACACCAUACAUACCGGACUUCUGACCAGCAUGGUGUCCUUGGCCUGCCUUAUCACGUAUGUCACAAUGCAGGACAAUUACGUGUUCAUCGCAAUCUUUUUCCCUUUAGGCAACCUCUACGCAAACUCGCUGCUUGCAUCCUUCAACAUGCCUGAUAAUUAUCUUCAAUCUGGCCGGCGUCCUGAACCCGCGCUUGCAAUGCCGCUCGCCCCACUGACUACUAGGCAUGCCAGCAGCAUCGCUGUCAUCUGCGCCCGAUGUCACGAGAACGGAUAUCCCACGCUCCCUAUCGAGGACCAAGCCUCUGUCAAGGACAUGGUAAUUCAUAUCCGGACGGAUCCUUCUCAGGCAGUCGUCUGAGUCUGCCAGGCCCAGCCUCCGCGCGAAGGGACGGUGACACUUCCCCGCUGACAGGCCAAUCGGGCAUCGAGGGAAUUUGUUCGGCAGAUGAAUACUAGGAACGACAAUUUCGAGCUGUAACGCCCAUUAUGACGCAUGAUAUCUUUCGAGCUGCC